CGUUGCGCGAUAAACAAUUAAUUUCUGGUGCGGACUGGGGACCGGACCCUCAAGUUCAACGACAUGCUGCUCGGCACCUGCAUCAUUCUGGCCAUAUGGUUGCUGCUGGUGUGGACGUACUUUUUAUGGACCCGGCGACGGUACUACAAGGCCGCCUGGCAGAUGAGGGGACCUAUCGGCUGGCCCCUAAUCGGCAUGGGCCUGCAAAUGAUGAAUCCCGAGACCUUUCUGCAGUACAUGGACGGACUGUCGCACAAGUUCAAGGCACCCUUCGUCUCCUGGAUGGGCACCAGCUGCUUCCUCUACGUCAAUGACCCACAAACUGUGGAGCAAAUCUUCAACUCGAACCAUUGCACCAACAAGGGAGACUUCUACCGCUUCCUGAGCUCGGCGAUAGGCGACGGGCUGUUCACCUCCAGCGCUCCUCGCUGGCACAAGCAUCGUCGCCUCAUCAAUCCUGCCUUUGGGCGUCAGAUCCUCUGCAACUUUUUGCCCAUUUUUAAUGCCGAGGCGGAGGUUCUACUGCAGAAGCUGGACCUGGAGGGUGUACAGGGUGGCAAGGAAUUGGAGAUAUAUCAGAUAUUAAAGAAGAUUGUCCUGGAAGCAGCAUGUCAGACAACCAUGGGCAGGAAAAUGAAUUUCCAGCAUGACGGUUCCGCGGCCAUAUUCGAAGCCUACAAUGGCUUGACGGAGGUGUGUGUGAAGCGAAUGCUGUCCCCUUGGCUCUAUCCGGAGUUCAUCUAUCGACGCUCGGUACUUUUUGGCCAACAGAAGAAGGUUGUUGGCGUUCUCCUUGGGUUUGUGGAGCAGCUGCUGGCACCGAUUGUCUCGGUUGUGGAUCUCGACACCACCAAGGAGCCAUUGCAACAGGAGCCAAGAAGUAAAUCCAAGUCUAUUUUCAUUGAACAGGUGAGGGAGCAUGUUGAGCGAGGCCAACUGAGUUGGCAGGAUGUCAGAGAUGAGGCGAAUGUCACCAUUGCAGCGACCUUCGAGACCACAUCGACGGCUCUCUACUUCACCAUCCUCUGCCUGGCCAUACAUCCGAGCUACCAGGAAAAGCUCCAUGAGGAGUUAGUGGCGGAGCUGCCGCCCUACGGGGACAUUUCGUUGGAGCAGUUCGAGCGCCUUACCUACACAGAAAUGGCAAUCAACGAGGCCAUGCGGCUUUUUGCGCCCGUUCCCAUGGUCCUUCGCUCCGCAGCUCAGGAUUUUCAGCUCCGGCGCGGUGACGACGAAUUUCUGAUCCCAAGCGGCACCCAGAUUGGGAUCGACAUCUACAAUAUGCAGCGGGACGAGCGGGUGUGGGGACCAUUGGCCCGCACCUACAAUCCGUACGCGCACUUCGGACCAGAGGCGCCUCCCCGUCAUGCCUUUGCCUUUGUGCCAUUUACCAAGGGACUGCGCAUGUGCAUCGGCUACCGGUAUGCCACGAUGCUGAUGAAGCUGCUGCUGGCCAAGAUAUUUCGAUGCUAUCGCAUCAGCACAGAGGCUCGGCUGGAUCAGCUCCUGGUCAAGGGCAAUAUAUCUCUCAAAUUGAGGAAUUAUCCACUGUGUCGGGUGAAGCGAAGGUAAUGAAGGUCACGCUUCCAUCU